AUGGCAACGUGUACAACUAACGAUCCACAUGAAAUUCAAAUGGAUAGAGAAUCUGAAGGCGAUUCUACUAUGGAAAUUGAUGCAGUUUAUUCAUCAGAUGUGGAUAGUAGUGAAUCGGAUGAUGAAAUAGGAUCGUCGAAACAACAAUCUACUGAUCGAAUUUGGAAGAAAACUGCAUUCAAACCACAUCUCUUCUCCUUUGAUGAAACAAAUGCUGGUCUUUCAUCGAACAUAGACGCUAUGAAAGAUGCUACACCUCUUGAAUUUUUUCAAUUAUUGUUCAAUGAAACAAUAAUUGAUCUAAUUGUUGAAGAAACCAACAAGUACCAGGCUUUUUCUAACAACGAUGCUACAUCCUCAGCAAGUUCCCAUCAAGCAAAAUGGACAGAAACAAAUCGCUCUGAAAUAUAUACUUUCCUAGCCACAAUUAUGCUCAUGUCUGUAAUUAAAAAGAAUAAGAUCCUCAACUACUGGUCAACUGAUCCAAUGAUUAUUACACCUAUGUUUGGUGGCCGUCCUAUCACCAGUGAUAAUCCCGUACGUCUUACGGGACGUCAUUUCCCAUCGCUUGUUCCAGCAACAGCAACACAAGAAAGUCCACAAAGAGACUGUAUAGUUUGCAGUCGCACAAGUAGACAUGAGAAGAAGCGUACAAAAACACGUUAUCAGUGUGAUAUUUGUGAUGUUGGACUUGUGUGA